AUGGCUGAAGGUUUUGUACAACAAUACUCCCAAGGGAAGAUAUUGGAGAUAGAAUCAGAUAACUGCUUUAAUGAAUUACUAUCUAGAUCCUUCAUUCAACAGCAUGAAGGUGAUCCAGAAAAGUUCAUCAUGCAUGAUCUCAUCAUUGAUUUAGCCAGAGUUGUAUCUGGUAACAGUUGUCUUUGGUUAGAAGGAGACAAAAUUUCAAAAAAUGUUCGCCGUUUAUCGUAUCCUAGACAAGGAUAUGAUGGUUUUAAAAUGUUUAAGGUCUUUUAUCACCAAAAUUCUUUGAGGACUUUUCUACCUCAAAAAACUUGGGCAUUUAUAAAUUCAUUUGUCUUGAGCAAAAAGGUCUCACAUGAUUUGUUGCCAAAACUAAAGUGUCUGAGAGUAUUGUCUUUGUCUAUGUAUUCCAACAUCACUGAGCUACCUGAUUCAAUUGGCAAUUUGCAACAUUUGCGAUAUCUUGAUCUUUCCCACACCAAAAUCACAAGGUUGCCUGAUGCGACCUUCACACUUUGCAAUUUGCAAACUUUGCCCUUAUCAUAUUGCAAGUCUUUCAAUGAAUUUCCUAGGAGCAUAGAAAAGCUGAUCAAUCUACGUCACUUGGACAUUAGUGGCACUGCUUUGAAGGAGAUGCCGGCACAAAUCACCAAACUACAAAAUCUUCAUAGUAUGAGUACUUUUGUGGUGGGAAAACAAUCAGAUGGAUUGAGAAUUAGGGAGUUAAAAAAGCUACCUCAUCUUGAAGGUAAGCUUUCCAUUUUGAAGUUACAAAAUGUGCUUGAUCCCAUUGAUGCUUUUGAGGCAAACUUGAAGAUGAGAGAGAAAAUUGAGGAGUUAGUUUUGGAAUGGGAUAGUGAUUCUCAGUAUUCACCAACAAUAGUGCAAAAUGUACUUAACAUGAUGCAACCUUCAACAAAGUUACAGAGAUUGACCAUCAACCAUAUGGUGGCCGGAGCUUUCCAAAUUGGGUCGGAGAUUCUUCAUAUACAAAUGUUACUUUUUAUGCAUAAGCAAUUGCAAAGAUUGCUCAUCACUUCCACCAUUGGGACAAUUACCUUCUCUUAA